AUCCACAUGUCCUCUGACAUCAGCUAAUUUUGGACCCACACCGAACCCUUUAAAACUCCCAUCCAGCCCUAAGCGCCAAAAAGCACCUCUCUCUCUUUCUCUCUCCAUCUUCCCCGAUCAAGAACUCGCUCCCAUCACUCGGAAAAUCAUCUGAUGAUGGGAAGUAGAAGAACAAAUGAGAAGGACCAACCCCCUACCUUUCCUAAUCCACUAAUACAAGCAAAUUGCAUUGCUCCAAACACACAAUCAACCAGCAAUGCGACUUUUCAAGAAGCAAAUGUUUCUGCAGGUCAUAUUGAGUCCAUCCCAGAUUCACCCCUCCUGAUCUCCCCUGGUUGGGAGAAUAUGUAUUCAGUGAAUCAGCCAAUUAGCCAAAGGAUGCCUGAAACUAGUGGAAACCCGAUGGCUUAUCUCAUGAACCCUAGUAGCUUCCAGAACCCCCAACUUAACCUGAAUUCCAGUACUGCAAACACAGACCUUCAAGAAGUUCCAUUAGUACCUGAAUGGAACACGAAAUGGAGUCCACAGUUUAUCAAUCAAGGACACAAUGCCAUUUCAGCUGGUGGGAUGAACAAUGGAGCUGUCAUUAGUAACUUUGAGAACCCAUGGUCUAGUAAGAAUCCAACUACUGCUAGAAACUUUGCUGGAGAUCUUCAGAUGAACAGACAUGCUGGAGAAUCAAAGUUUGGACCUUUUAAUAGACCACAGUUAGAUGGACAUUUUGCUCACUCGCCUUUCCAUUAUCGCCCUAGAGACACUGCACCAAUUCAUAGUCAAACCAAUGUCAACUUCAAUAACAGUCAAUGUGGGGUUCAAGUAAAAGUUGAGAGGAGUUUCCUGAGUCUUGGAAUUGGAGGCACUGAAGAAGCCAUACCUACCUCUCAACCAGGCAGCAGAGAGACUUCUGACAAGCUAAAAGAAGCAGCUUCAGCUGAGUUAAAAAUGGCUCGUGCUAGGAAAGCUAUGGGUCAAACUUUAAAUGCUAACUUUCCAGGUUUCCAGAGAAGCACUAGUGGUUUCUCUAAUCAAUUGGAUCGAAUAACCUCAACUGGAAAUGAGGUUGGAGUUCAUUGCACUCCAAAUAGUGGGCCAGGUUCUAGCCCUUAUCAUAUUUUAGAAAUGCAACAAAAUGAUAUGCAGCAUGGCAUUUCUAGGCAUGAUGAUAGCAACUCAACUUUUCUGAGCAGCAGGAAUGCAGGUUAUGGUGAUGCGAAUCAUUAUAGAGUCUCUGUAGGUAAUCAAUCUGUACAUUCAGGAACAAUUGGUGGCAAUUCAGCUCAAUUCCUCAAUUCCCAGCAACAUGGUUUGAAUAGGGUAGUGCAAGAAUCUGCUAAGCCUUCAUAUCCCUUGUCUCAUACAAGUGAUACACCUUCUGGGAAGCUACAGAAUAUCCGUUUCAAAACUACAAACACCCUACCAUCAGAGAGUCCCAUGAAUUCUUCUCUCAAACUUGGAAGUGGUUCUACUUCUACCAGACAGAAUUAUGCAGGAAAACAUCCGUAUUUACAGAAUCACAUGCCUACCCAAGUAUCUUGGGUUAGCAGUGGUCACGGUGUAACAGAUCUCCCAUUCCCAAAAAGGCUGGGAGUUGAGGUUAAUGGGAGAGAUAAAGAUAGCCCGCAAUCUGCUGAGAGACAAAUAAGCUUGCAGACAACUAGUGCAGGUCAAAGUCAAACACGUCAAUAUCCAGAUAAUGUUGUUCGACCUUCUAUUGCACCUGUCAGUUAUCCGUUGACUCCUCAAGGCCCCCUUUUCAGUCAUGGCCAAUCUCAAAUGGUUCAGCUUCCAAACAAUCCUAGAGGACAAGCUCCCACCACUUCUGUUGAUGGUCUGUCUAAUAAGAAGUCUGAGUAUUAUGCAAGACCAUAUCACAAGAGAAGUGCAGUGGCCCCACCUUCAGGUCCCCAUUGGGUUCAACGCCAGAAGAUGUCACAUCCAACAACUACUCAUCAUUCUAUGCCAAUCCGAUUCCCUACAAAACCAGCUGCUCUUGUUCAUCCUUCCAUACCAAUCUACCAAUCACAAUCACAAUCACAGACUCAACAACGUGUUCGUGCUCUUAUGCAUCCUUCUAUACCUUACACAUCAAAUUUUAAACCUCGUGUUCCUGUGACAGCUGCUCCUAGUCCUACAGUCUCUCACAUUACAUGGAAAGAUCCUGAGACAAGUCCUCCUGAAUUGACAAAAUAUAAAUGCUUGCUAUGCAAGAGGGACCUUUCAUUAACAUCAGAAGGUGCAGUAUACCAGCCUACAGCACCACCAGCAGUUGCUGUUCUUCCGUGUGGUCAUACUUUUCAUGAUCAAUGUUUGCAAAAAAUCACUCCUCAAGACCAAGCAAAAGAUCCUCCUUGCAUUCCGUGCGCCAUUGGUGAAAAUUAGGUCCCAUCUCUAUUCUCUCUAACCCUACUUUUUAUGGGUCCUUAUAAAUAUAUACAUAUUAAACAUAUAGAUAGAUAUGAUGAUAUUUGAGAUCAAUUGGAUGAUUUUUGUUCUAAUCACAUAACUCAAAACUCUGCUAAACUGGUAGAGAACUGAAAGGAUUUGAUUUAGACCGGGUAUUUUGGGUUUGGAACGUGAUUCUCAUGUCAAUUGAGUACAUAUUUUGACUUCUUCGGUCUUGUUUGAAAUAUAUUGGAUGAUUUAUUUAACAAGAUGUAACAUAAAGUUAUGAAUCUAACUUGGGAAUUUUUGGUGGUCCGCUUUUGAAUUUUGCAUAUCGUAUACAAGAAAAACAAGAGUUUUUUCUUAUGCGAC